AUGAAUCCUUCCCAGGACACUGGCUCUGGUGGCAUUUAUGAAGAGAGGAAACUUUAUGUUGUGGAUUCCAUAAAUGAUUUGCACAAACUAAACCUCUGUCCUGCUAGACCACAGCAUCAUUUUCGUAUGUGGGAGAAGAACCCAGGCUUUGGCGUUAACUCAGGGGAUGGACGUCGCAGUCUACUUCUUGUGGGGCUGAUAAUUGUGCUGAUAGUCAGCCUGGCACUGGUUACCUUCGUGAUAUUUCUAGUAGUUCAAACUGGAAGCCAGAUGGAAGAUGUGUCAAGAAGAUUAACAGUUGAGAGAAAGGACAUAGAUGAUCUUAAGAAACUUAACAACCUGAUUGUAAAGCGACUCAACCAGCUGGAAUCUGAACAGAACUGA